AUGCCGCCACAGAACUCGAUUGAGUUGACCACCAAGCCGGACGGAGAGAAUGGUGCUACGGGGAAACUUUUGGCUGCCAACGGGAAUGGCGAUACGGUGAAGAGCAAGGAAGAUCCACCAACGACGACCCUGAUCGUACCUCCGGAUGGUGGCUGGGGCUGGCUGGUGAUGGUUGCGUCCUUUUUCUGCAACGUGAUCGUGGACGGUAUUGUGAUGAACGUUGGCAGCUUCCUGGAUCCGAUAAGGAACGAGUUCGGCGUCAGUGAGGCGGAAGUAGCCCUAGUCAGCUCACUGUUGAGCGGGUUUUACCUGCUGACGGGUCCGUUCGUGAGUGCGCUUGCGAAUCGUUGGGGCUUCCGGAUUGUCACGAUCAUCGGUGCGAUAGUGGCCGCGCUUGGGUUCUUCGCCUCGCAGUACGCAACGAACAUAAUAUUCCUGUACGUGACGUUCGGGUUUGUCGGUGGUGUAGGAUUCUGCUUCAUUUACGUACCGUCGGUCAUUACCGUGGGAUAUUACUUCGAAAAGUGGCGCGCGGUGGCUACGGGAAUUGCUCUUUGCGGCUCGGGUGUCGGUACGUUCAUCUUCGCACCGGUGAACGCAAUGCUGAUCGAGUCACUUGGUUGGCGCAGUGCGCUUGUCGCACAGGCCGCCAUUAUACUGCUGUGCAUUGCGUGUGGCGCUAUCUUCCGGCCGAUCCAACCGACUGAGGUGACGGCCACGAAGAACGACGAUACUCCGGCGGAUAAGGGUAUCCUGCUGGGUGAGGGAUUACCGGUUGUGUACACCCGACCUCUGCCCGAAGGCCGAUACGCAUACUCGAUGCCAAACAGUUCGCACAAUACGUGGAUGGGAGCGAACCCGAACUACCAGUACCCGACGGCUGCCGAGAUCUUCCGGCAGGGCAGUGGGCACAAUCUCGAUCGGCGGCCAUCGCACACCUCCGGACAGCUGGUGAGCCACAAUCUGCAAAGCACCACCAAGAAGCUGGAGAAGAUCCAGAAACGUCUCGCGGGACAGAUGACACCGGACGAUACGAUUCAUGCGCACGGAUUCUCCACGGCACAUCACGAGCUGAAUCCGGUCGGUGAGGCGGACGAGGAAGAGACGGAGAAUGGAACACUCUUGACCGGACCGGAACAACAGGCGGCCACCAUUACGUCCGCAUCCGCACGUCGCCACACCGUGUCGGGGCGUCGACCCAACGAACCGGCCAACUCGCGGCAUGGUUCGCGCCGUACACUCAACGAUGGUGCCCGGCCAAUGUAUCGUGACGAUAUCUUUUUCACCGGUUCACUUGCACGAAUUCCACAGUACAAGUCGCAGACUUCGCUCGGAUAUCACAUGUCUGUGACGCGGUUGCCCACUCAGGCCGACGUUGAAGAAACGGAAACCGAACAGUGCAUGGUAUGUCCGGAAGCGGUCCGCCGCACGCUGGCUACCAUGUUGGACAUGUCGCUGCUGAAGUCACCCUCGUUCAUGAUGCUAGCCUUCAGUGGGUUCCUCACGAUGAUGGGCUUUUUCGUGCCGUUCCUGUACGUGAAGCAACGCGCCGUGGCUGGUGGAAUGGGGGAUGAAGUGUCGACGUUUAUCGUAUCGGCUAUUGGUAUUUCCAACACCAUUGCUAGGGUGGUCUGUGGAUUACUGACGUCCUUCAAGAAUAUAAACGCACUACAUCUGAACAACGUUGCCAUCACGCUAGGAGGUAUCGCGACAAUGAUCAGUGGGUUCUACAUUACCGAGGCUUACCAGUUUACGUACGCGGGCAUCUUUGGACUUGCCAUUGCAUGUUUCUCUGCCCUCCGUUCUAUUCUGGUGGUCGAUCUAAUGGGGCUGGAGAAGCUUACCAACGCCUUCGGCAUACUGUGCCUGUUCCAGGGUAUCGCUGCGUUCCUCGGUGCACCGAUUGCUGGAUAUUUCACGGAGCUGACCGGUAGCUAUGAUGCUUCGUUUUACAUUUGCGGUGCACUUAUUACACUGUCGGCCGUUCUUUGCUACCCGCUGGCCAUUGUGAACCGAUGGGAGAAGCAACGUGCCGCUAAGAAGGACUCACAGAAAGUUUAA